UUAUAUGAAAAUUUGGAUGCAUCAGUAUCAGUAAUCAGUCCAACAAAAACGAGGGGAAAGAUUUCUGAACUAGAAUUUUGAAAGGCGCCACAACUGAUUUCCUUACACGCGCCGCCGUUAUGGGUUGCUCCGCCUGCAACCCUUUCUCCAUUCCUCACCAACCUCCUUUGCCCUCCUUCCCGCCGUCCCCCACCGGAAGUGUUCUGGGCGCCUCCCCCUUCCGCCGCCGCCGCGCGGACAAACGCUUAGUUCUUAACGUCCACGCUCAUAAACACAAUCGCGUUUCCCACUUCACGCCCCUCAAUUACUCAGCUCCUUCUCGUGACAACAACAGUAACAACAACAGCGGCGGCGGCGGUGGAGGCGGCGGCGGCGGGGAUGAUGGGAGCAGCAAUUUCUUUAAUUUUAACCGGAAUCCGUUUUUUCUCUUGCCUUCUCACUUCGUAUUCACUGGCGAGGAAGACUCGUUUUCCGUAACUCUGCCCAAACACGUCUAUUUAUUACUAAUCACUGCGUCAGCUUCGUUCAGCUAUUUCAUUUUUGCAUGUUCUGAGGCGCGAGCAAAGACUGAUGAUUUAUCGAGAAAUCAUGAGGAAAUCGUGUUUGAGAUUAGGGGUGGGAGGAGGGUUGAGCUGGUGCCGGAUUAUUCGAAGGAUGAGUUCGUCGUUCCUGAAACAAUGUGGUCUUGGUGGUUAAAACGUGGAAACUCUAAAUCUUCGUUGACUUUGGAGGAUGUUUGGAUGAAAUGUAGGGAUCUGGCCACGCGAAUGCUGCUUCCUGAGGGAUUUCCAGACAGUGUUACGAGUGAUUAUCUUGAGUAUUCUCUUUGGAGAGGGGUUCAGGGCAUUGCAGCACAAAUUAGCGGUGUGCUUGCCACUCAGGCUUUGCUUUAUGCUGUUGGAUUGGGAAAGGGGGCAAUUCCAACAGCAGCUGCUGUUAAUUGGGUCCUCAAGGAUGGAAUUGGGUAUCUCAGUAAGAUAAUGUUGUCAAAGUAUGGGAGACAUUUUGAUGUGAAUCCAAAGGGUUGGAGGCUAUUUGCCGAUCUUCUGGAAAAUGCUGCAUUUGGAAUGGAAAUUCUGACGCCUGCAUUCCCGCAUCUCUUUGUUCCAAUUGGUGCGGUCGCUGGAGCUGGAAGAUCUGCAGCUGCAUUAAUCCAGGCAGCUACUAGGAGUUGUUUCUAUGCUGGGUUUGCUGCUCAGAGGAACUUUGCUGAGGUCAUUGCUAAGGGUGAAGCUCAGGGAAUGGUGAGCAAAUCCAUAGGAAUUAUGCUUGGCAUAGCAUUAGCUAAUGGCGUACAAUCUUCUACACCUCUUGCUCUUGCUUCUUUUGGUGUUAUAACUUGGAUCCACAUGUUCUGCAAUCUGAAAUCAUAUCAAUCCAUUCAGCUAAGGACUUUAAAUCCAUAUCGUGCAAGCUUAGUCUUCAGUCAGUAUCUGCUCACUGGUCUAAUCCCUUCGGUAAAAGAAGUCAAUGAUGAAGAGCCACUGUUUCCAGCUUUUCCCCUUUUGAUUGUAAAGCCCACUUCUGAAGAACAACUUGAAGUACUAUCUAAUGAUGCGAAGGAUGCUGCCUCUCAUAUUGAUCGCCGCUUGCAGCUCGGCUCCAAGCUCUCGGAUGUUGUGAAGAGCAGAGAAGAUGCAAUUGCUCUAUUUGAUUUGUACAAGGCUGAGGGUUAUAUUCUGGCAGAGCUUGAAGGAAGAUAUUUUGUGGUGCUCAAAGAAAGCUCGUCGCCACAGGACAUGCUGAAGUCAUUGUUUCAGGUCUGUUAUUUGUACUGGUUGGAGAGAAAUGCUGGAAUCCAAUCAAGCACCAUAAUUGGUGACUGCAGGCCUGGGGGAAGGCUCCAAAUAUCUCUGGAAUAUGUACAAGGGGAAUUCAACCAUGUCAAAAAUGACGGCGAGAUUGCAGGUUGGGUUGUCGAUGGCCUCAUCGCGAGGCCUUUACCUAAUCGAGUCCGUAUAGGCGACGGAACUGCAUCUCCUGUUGCUGUAAGCUGAACACCAAUCUCUUGUAUGGCCGUUUCUGAGCAAGAAAUGGGGUUGUUUUGUUAUGUGGCCAUCCAGAUGCGAUAUAUAGGAUCCACAUUCUAAGUUAGAGCCACUAGAGAAGUUCCAAUUGAAUAGAAGAUUGAAAAACCAGUGAUACAGCUGGGUUAGGAUGGAUAUACUCAACGUGCCACCUCUCGUGUUGCCCAUGGAGGGUUCACGUGGCAGUUGUAACUCUGAAAUCAGAAAUUCUUCGUCAGUGAGAGGCUCAAGUCGAAAUUAUGCACUUUUAAGGAGCAAGGUUAACAGUUAUUCUCUCUUCACUGCUACUGAUCUUGUGGGUUGCCUGUUUGAUCUUGUUACAAAUGAUCAAGUUAGGCUAACAUUGCUUCAAAUCCUUAGUUAUUCUGACAGGAUGUAUACCUAGGACAGGAUGGUUUGACGAUAUAAUCAAUUGGAUGCUGAUUACAUGUAUCUUUACUCUGCUUGAUCAAAAUAUCUGAUGGAUGGAAAGUUCUCAUACAGACUUUGUAUUGUUGUAUCAAAUCAAAUUAUAAUUGUUAUGUGAUUGAAUCGCGCACGAAUUAUUUAUCACGAGAUUAAAAUAGUUACAUAAGUAUAGACUGUGGGAUCACAUUUGAUUUUAUGUCCAAAUCGACCAUAAUUUUAUUUGGUUUAUGACACUAUUCUUCAUGUUUCUACUUGUCCGGUACUUGUAGACGGCUAAGCCCAAAAAUACCACCAACUCCUCAUAAAACCCACACCGAUUCAGAGCUUUGCUGCGCUAAUGAAAACAAUAGCCUCCAAUCCCCAUGCAAAGACUGCGCUCCUCCAUAUCGAUGUUUCUUCAACCAAGAACAACAAUUUCACUUCUGAUCAUCCAAUUCAAAUCCAGUUGCCCCUUCACAGACCACCCACACCUAUGAGAAUCAAACCGCCACCCAAGAAACCGAACCCGAAACCCGUUGCCACCACCUCCGACAUUCUACGCUUGAUGGACAGUCUCAAAUUGCCCAUACCACUAGACAUUUACACUUCGCUCAUCAAAGAAUGCACCAAAUUGCGCGACCCUUUGAAAGCCGUUGAGUUGCAUGAACAUGUGAGACGAAGUGGUCUUCGUAUGAAUUUACCUUUGCGUAACCGGCUUUUAUUGAUGUACGUAUCGAGUGGGCGCCUUGAUCACGCGCGCCAACUGUUUGAUCAAAUGUUUCAGAGGGAUUUUAAUUCGUGGGCUGUCAUGAUUGCUGGUUGUGUUGAAAAUGGGAAGUACAAUGAAGCCAUAGAUUUUUAUAUAGAAAUGCUACUGGAAGAAGAAUUUGAAGACGUUGGUAAUAAUCAGAUGGAACUUUUGGUUUCGGGUGUACUCGUGUGUGUUCUCAGAGCCUGUUUGUAUACAAGGGACUUUGAGCUUGGGAGGCAAGUGCACGGUUGGUUAUGGAAAAUGGGUUACUCGAGAAACGUUGUUUUGUGUAGUUUCUUGAUUAACUUUUAUGGGAAGCUGAAGUGUUUUGAUGGUGCUGAAAGUGUUUUCGAACAGGUUCGUUCUCCAAAUACAGUUGUGUGGACGUCUAGGAUCGUGAACUGUUCAAGCGACGGUAACUUUGAGGGAGUGGUUAGUGUCUUUAAGGAGAUGGGAAGGGAGGGCGUGACGAAGAACGGCUAUACGUUUUCAACUGUUCUUAAGGCUUGCAGGAUGAUGGGGGAUAUAGAGUGUGGGCGACAAGUUCAUGCAAAUUUGAUGAAAUUAGGGCUUGAAUCAGAUGGUUUCGUGCAGUGUGCAUUGGUCGACUUGUAUGGAAAAUGUGGUUGUCUGAAUGACGCUACUAGGAUGUUUGAGAUUGGUAAAAAUAAGAGGAAUGGUGCCUGUUGCAAUGCAAUGCUUACAAAUUAUACGCAACAUGGACUCUACAUUGAGGCAAUUAAACUUCUUUAUGAAAUGAAGAUGGCUGGCUUCAAGACCUGUGAAUCAUUAUUAAUGAAGUGAGGUUUGUUUGCAGGAGCAGAGUUCUAGAGAACAAGAUGGAUGAAUGUAGUUAAGUACACGGAAUUGCAUAUACACUGAUGGUUGGGUUUCACCUAUCUAGAUGAUAUCAUGCUGAUAUCUGUGCACUAGCAGCAUGCCGCAACUGCUUCCCUGAUCACAACCAUUUCACCUUCCAGGAUAGAGUACAGAAUCAGAGAGCGACCAAAUGGGUUUGAUUUUGCUGGUAGCUUAACGUGAUAGAUGUUUAAUCAGGCAAAGCAAGCUUUCAACAUACCUAUUAGUAUUUUGGUUUGGAUCUAUCUGUAGAUGGUUGCUGAAGACGAAUGGGCUUUACCGUUACCUGCCAUAUUUAGUACUCGUUUUACCCUUUGAUCCACACCUGGAUGAGGCAGUUCUAUAGACUAAUACUUAUUUAGGCAAUCAGUGAAAGAUCUAGCAGAAAUGUGGGAACUAUGAAGUACAUUGCUAAGGAGCUAUCAUUUGUGUUAUUGUAUGAUGUUAGCAAGGCAUCACAAAUGUUGGAUCCAUAUCGACUCUGUAGAAUUAUGGAAAUAGAUCAAAAUCUCGUUCUUCUGUUUCU